CGUAUUAAUCCAUUCUCAUCUUUUCAUCGCAAUGAAGGCUACGCUUCGUGCUCCUGUCUCCCGUGCUGGCGCUGUGCGCCCGGUUGCCUCGCUGAAGGCUGCCGUCAGCCGCGUCGCCUCCGUCGCCGGUGUCUCCAUCGCCUCCCUGGCCGUGGCUCUGUCCGCCAAUGCCGCCACCGUCAAGCUCGGCGCCGAUUCCGGUGCCCUGGCUUUCGAGCCGGCGACCCUGACUAUCAAGGCUGGUGAGACCGUCGACUUCGUCAACAACGCUGGCUUCCCCCACAAUGUCGUCUUCGACGAGGAUGCUGUCCCGGCCGGUGUGAACGCUGAUGCCAUCUCGCGCGACGACCUCCUGAACGCCCCCGGGGAGAAGUACAGCGUGAAGCUGGACACGCCGGGCGAGUACGGCUACUACUGCGAGCCGCACCAGGGUGCCGGCAUGGUGGGCAAGAUCAUCGUCCAGUAAUGGACAACUAGAAGAAUUAUCCCGUCGGGCGGCAAAAUUUUCGGACUUCGGACAGCGAAUGACAUGACGUGCUGCAUGACAUGGUGGUCUGCUAACGGGGGGUUUCCUUCUUCGUCUUUUCCUGACCACCACCACCACCAUCUUCGUCUUUUCCUGACCACCACCUACUAGCUUCGCACGCCGUCACGUCACUCCUUGUCAUGGAUCGUGUGGGCUUUCCACCGGUUUCUCCACUUAGUCUGCGUGUUGUUGCUUUGGCAUAACUUAUUAUGCCGUUGCCUAUGCGUGUUGCUUUUUACGCGGUGUCGCAUCCGUGGCUAGUACACCCUAAGGUUGGUAGGUAGGGUGCUGAGAAGUUAAGUGAAUGCAAGCGGAGGAAGUUUGGAUUGAGGCGGACUUGGGCCUGUGAACAGUGAACGACAAAUCGGAUCAGUGUGACAGGGUCAAGGUUCUUAUGCAUAUACGCGACAAAAGAUAUGUGAAAUUGCGAAUGUAAGGAUCCCCGGGCUGCG